AUCCUAAACCCGCGAACUCACAAGGCGGCGGCGGCGGCGAUGGGCAGCGACACGGAGACGGAGAAGAAGAAGAAGAUGGCGCUGGCGCUGGCGCCCAUCGCGCAGCCCCUCGCCAAGGACAAGCUCUCCAAGCGGACCCUCAAGCUCGUUCGCCGAGCCUCGGAGGCCAAGUGCCUGAAGCGCGGGGUCAAGGAGGUGGCCAAGAGCAUCCGUCGCGGGAACAAAGGGUUGUGCGUAAUUGCUGGAAACAUCUCUCCUAUCGACGUGAUUACUCAUCUUCCCAUACUUUGUGAGGAAGCUAAUGUCCCAUACAUAUAUGUGAACUCAAAAGAGGAGCUUGCUACUGCUGGGACUACUAAGAGGCCAACUUGCUGCGUCUUGGUCAUGACCAAGCCAGCCAAGGGGGAGAUCAGUGAAGGGGUGAAGGAGAAACUGCAAACGGAAUACAACAAAGUUGUAACUGAAGUUGCUCAGGUUACAUCUGAAAUGUUCUGAGAACAUUCCCAUGGCGAACCUGAAGGAUCAGGCACCUCACUAUGAACAUCUUUCUGUCUGUAUUAUGUAGCAAGAUUCUGUCACCCUAUCAUGCUAGUGAUCUAAAUGAUUUUCAAGGAGCUUUUUAAGCUUCUCAAGUACUGUACUGUUCUAGUGGUGAUUAGAUGAUAUUAGUGCAUUA